AGAGGAAGGGGGAGCUGGGCAAACCUGACACAAAGCUCCAAAUGUAUAUGGUUAGAUAUUCUAAAAUGUAUUCAAAUGUGCAUUUCUGUCAGCAGAACCUGGUUUAUAUCUCUUCCUUUACAUCUCACAUUUCCGAUUGUGGACACUGGGGACAUAUCCUAUGGUCUUUUAGCAAGAGAAAGUUUUACCCUUAAACAAGAGUGUACAGCUAUACUGGUGGUUUUGAGCUAAAUGUUGAGCAUUGCCACUGUAACAUACUCACAAAGACAAUGCUUGUGGUGUUAAGUGGAUGUGUUUGCUGUAGAGGAGGGGGUACAUUUGGGUUAAUUGGGCCCCAGAAUUUCUGAAAUUCUGGCUGUGGUUCUGUUUACAUUAAAUUCUUAUGACUAUUAAGUUUAAUGUUGCUCGGCCUCAGAGGAGUAGCUUGGCCAGUAUGUUGCCAGGUAUAGUGACACACACCGAUGUCAGUCCGCGGAGUCAUAGAGGCAGACACACCAAGAUUGAAGUUUGGCCUCGAAUGAAUAAGUCCGUUUCGUUUCAUUCAACAAAUAAAGUUGUGUUCAACACGCCAACGACAGGACUGUGGAUUGGAAGGCGUAGGUUGAACUGGGCGCUUCUGUCCCUGCGCACUGGAGGCUCUCCCCUGACCACUCCUCUGUGUUGUGGUGCUCAGCUGCUCGCCUAAAGUGACACUGUGGGAGUGAAGCUCUGAGCUGUGAUGGAGGCAGCGCACAGUGCCACCGCUUCCCUUGUAAAGCGAUUUGGAGAACUAGUCAGAAUAAAAUUAUCCAAAGGGAGGGGGGAUGCGCGCAUGUGAUAGGCUUUGGACGUUUCCAUUUACACCAGUCGAGCAGGGAAUUGAAUCUCUCCAUCGGGAGCUGCAUUUUGAAAAAUCACUGGCGACUGGCUUUUUCACACUGUGCACGCCUCGUCCGUCGCCUGCGGAUCGUCAUAGCACCAUGCGAGCGGGAGAGACGCGCCCUGUGCCAUGCUGAACAACUGUCCGAUUCUCCUGCUGGCUCUGACCGCGGUGGCCGUACUUCUCCAGCGAUGUCAAGGCUGGAGCGACGAAGACCUCCUCCUUCCGCCCAUCAACUCCUCCAGCAGGUUCCUGGCCAACCUGGAGGUGGACGUGCGCGUCUCCAAGAGGUCUGUGGAGGAGAGCGACGCCUCCUCCUUGCAGACUCUGUCCCAGUGCAACGUGAGCGUCCACAGACUCCUGCCCACCUCAUUGGUGGCCCGCUGGGACAGCAGCUUCGGCUUCCAGUGUGAUGUGCUCCUCUACACCACCAACAACCACGGAAGGGCUUUUUUCUCCGCGUCUUUCAACAGGGCAUUCUCGCCUGUCGUCAUCGAGCACCUCGGGGUCACCGGGAUGCAGCAGGAGAUGCGGUUGUGCGUGGGCUGCGGGAUAUCCCGGUACCGGAGGUUGGGUCAGGGCAGGUCGAGGAGCCAGCAGACCGGGGAUCAGGUGACUUUCUGCUGCGUGGAUUUCAGCCUCGAUAAGCUGAAGGGGGACAAAAGUUGGAGGCUGAACAGGAAGCCCAUCGAGUCGACACUUGUGGCUUGUUUCAUGACUUUGGUCAUCAUCGUGUGGAGUGUUGCUGCUCUCAUAUGGCCAGUCCCGAUCAUUGCAGGGUUUCUGCCCAAUGGGAUGGAGCAGAGAAGACCGAGAUAACUGAAAUCAUUUUUAUCAUAGCCUGUGCUGCCUAUAUUAUAAUUGUAGCCAUUCAUCUAUUCACAAGAAUGAAAGGUUGAGGAGUACUGGGGAACCUUUGGAUCAAAUGCUUUAGUUUUGUGUUCUUUAGCCCUUAACGGGGAUGACAGAACACUUAACAGGCCGCCUCCUAUUAUGAGAACCAAGGUAAUGUAUGAAUACUUAUACUAGCCAAUAGUAAUCUAUACUGGGACCAACACGUGUUUUGUAUGCCCCUGUAGGCCUUCCUAUAGAUUCUGUCAACGUACUUUUGUCUUUAAACGGUGUUUGUAUAGUUUUUAAUCUUUCUAGAAAGUUUUUGCCUUAUCUCAUGUGUAGGACCUUUGCACUGAAAACUGAACUUUAACGUGUGCCAUCACAUAUAGGCUAUAACCUAUAGUCAUGUUCAAAGCUAAUGUAAUAGUUUUUCCAAUAUAUUCUGAAAUUUUGAUGUUGUUAAUGGGUGACAGAGGAUUUCAUUAUUUAUAUUGUUAGAUUUCUAAUGUAUAGUUCAAUAUACGUGCUUAUUUGUAUUCAUGAUUUAAAUGAAAUAAAAUGAUUACAGGCUAUAUCUCAGAUUGUUCUGGCAUUAGUUUACUUAAGACUCGUUUCAAGCAGCAUGUGAAUGGGAAAUACAAACCCAGCGGACUUUUCCCUGCAGGUCCAAAUGCUUCAUGACUGUGGUCAGAUUGUGUUGAAGCUGCUUUAGUGAGGCGUCGGUGUUACAAGCUGCUUCAAGGCUGUAGCUUGUGCUGCUGUGAACUGUUCUGCAAGUGUUUCUGCUAUUUAUCCGACCCUGUUUGGACAAAAUAAUAGAAACACUUCUCAGGAUAAUGCAAUGCAAUUCAACAGCAUAAGGUGCAGCCUCAAACAUGAUGCAGAGUCUUUGACAUAUGACCAUAAGGCUGAUGAUGCUUCUCUGAUUGUGUUCAGUAAAGUAGAUUGUGAACAUGUGCAGCAAGUUUCUCAUUUUCAUGUUGA